GCUCGCUUUCCCAAGAUGGCGGCCGCUAAGGACGGUUGUGGAUUAGGAGAAGUGGCCGCAGGGAACGGCCGGCGGCUCCACCUGGGGAUUCCUGAGGCCGUGUUUGUGGAAGAUGUGGAUUCCUUCAUGAAACAGCCUGGGAAUGAGACUGCAGAUAUAGUACUGAAGAAGCUGGAUGAACAGUACCAGAAGUAUAAGUUUAUGGAGCUCAAUCUUGCUCAAAAGAAAAGGAGGCUGAAAGGUCAGAUUCCUGAAAUUAAGCAGACAUUAGAAAUUCUAAAAUACAUGCAGAAGAAAAAAGAGUCCACCAGCUCACUGGAGACUAGAUUCUUACUGGCGGAUAACCUGUAUUGCAAGGCUUCAGUUCCUCCUACUGAUAAAGUGUGUCUGUGGUUGGGGGCUAAUGUGAUGCUUGAAUAUGAUAUUGAUGAAGCCCAGGCAUUGUUGGAAAAGAAUUUAUCGACUGCUACAAAGAAUCUUGAUUCCCUUGAGGAAGACCUUGACUUUCUUCGAGAUCAAUUUACUACCACAGAAGUCAAUAUGGCCAGGGUUUAUAAUUGGGAUGUAAAAAGAAGAAACAAAGAUGAUUCUACCAAGACCAAAGCAUAAUGCUGGCAAUUUAAAAUGUGGUUCAGUUUUCAAAACAUGUUAUUUUAAGUACCCCAAAGUUUAUCCCUAAAGGUUGACAUUACUUUGACUGAUUUUUUUGAACAGUAAGAGCGGUAGUUAAAACUUUAAAAAACAAGAUAAACAUUUUAUUAUAAAAA